UCUGGUACGAAUGCUGGAGAGUACUUUAUGAAGCUGUGCUGGUGGGCCGAGUCGGGACGGGAUCUUGAAGACCUCGAAGUUGCCGACGAAUCGUUGAAGAUCUGGUGAACUACGUCCGAGCGCGCGCGCCUUCACGCGGAAGCCACUUCAUAUCAAAACCCUCAAGAUUCGCGUGGAUUUUCUACUCUACUCGUGUCACGUUCUUUUACCCUUCGCUGGACGUCACGAGUAUCUUUCCUCUUUAGGCGUGCGUACCACGCCUUGAGUCAAGAAUCUUCUUUCUCCUCCGAGUUCCCCGCAACGACCGUCGACGCUGCUCCUCCCAGGAUACACAUCAAAAAGUUACGUCGUCAAUAUGGCGUCUCAACAACAGUUGAAGAAGCAGCAAGAGCUCCAAACCACAUAUCAAAACUACAAGAACACACUUCAAACGAUUGCCUCAAAGAUUGGCGAUAUCGAACAAGAGACUGAAGAGCACAAACUCGUCUUGGAGACGCUGCAACCACUGCCAGGAGACCGGAAAUGCUUCCGCAUGAUCAACGGUGUCUUGACUGAGCGAACGGUCAAGGACGUUGUACCGAUCCUACAGACCAAUUCAGACGGUCUGAAGCAGGCACUAGAAGAGCUAGUCAAGCAGUACAAGUUGAAACAAGAUGAAAUGGAGAAGUGGAAGAAGAAGAACAAUGUUCAAGUCGUCCAACAGCCAGGGCAAUAGAAAAAUACCAGUCAUGCAAUGACCCUUUGACAGGACGGGCACACUGCAUACGCUGGGAACCACAUAAGAUGAUGCAGACGAGUACAGCAGCAAUGUCUCCAGUAACUGGAACUGGUAUGGAUGCAGAGGGACCCUGUCAGGGUUUUGUGUGUUUCAUGGCGGAGUAUACGGCCGCAAUUGGGUAUCUCUGUGUUCUGAUUUUGCACAGCAUACCACAGCAGAAUAACAUAGCCUCUUGACGACAAGUGAAGGCUUGCCGGUGAACAGCGUCUAUAUCAAUCGUGUAGUAUACCUCACACAAUCAUACGGGAGACCAAAUUCCAUGGUUGAACCAGCCACAACAGAUCCGAAUAGCUGGACAUUCAGCUACUGUUCUUCC